GCAGGGCCGCAGCACGCCUGCGCGGGGCUGGCGGUGGGAUGAGGCUUGGUGAGGCGGGGCGGGCGUGUGCAGCUGCCGGGAACCGCCCUCGGGGCCGCUGACUGUCGUCCCGCCGCGUCCGGCUGCCAACCGGGGCAGCACCGCGCAACCAUGUCUAAGUCGCUGAAGAAGAUCGUGGAGGAGAGCAGGGAGAAGAACCAGCCCGAGGUGGACAUGUGCGACCGCGGCAUCUCCAACAUGCUGGAUGUUCCCGGCCUCUUUACAUUGUCUCACAUCACACAGCUGGUUCUGAGUCACAACAAGCUUACAACUGUGCCAGCAAACAUUGCAGACCUGAGAAACAUAGAAGUGCUCAACUUUUUCAACAACCAGAUUGAGGAGCUGCCUACACAGAUUAGCAGCCUUCAGAAGCUUAAACACCUUAAUCUUGGCAUGAACAGAUUAAACACCUUGCCCAGGGGAUUUGGCUCUUUACCAGCUCUGGAGGUUCUUGACUUGACUUACAACAAUUUAAAUGAAAACUCUCUACCAGGAAACUUCUUCUAUCUGACCACCCUGCGUGCACUCUAUCUAAGUGACAACGAUUUUGAAAUCCUGCCGCCAGAUAUUGGGAAGCUCACAAAGUUGCAGAUACUGAGUCUUAGAGACAAUGACCUGAUAUCGCUGCCCAAAGAAAUUGGUGAGCUCACUCAGCUUAAGGAACUUCAUAUCCAGGGAAAUCGCCUUACUGUGCUGCCCCCAGAACUAGGUAAUUUGGAUUUGACUGGUCAAAAGCAAGUCUUCAAAGCAGAGAACAAUCCUUGGGUUACCCCUAUUGCUGACCAGUUCCAGCUGGGCGUAUCUCAUGUUUUUGAAUACAUACGUUCAGAAACAUAUAAAUAUCUUUAUGGUAGACACAUGCAGGCGAAUCCUGAACCUCCAAAGAAGAACAAUGACAAGUCAAAGAAGAUCAGCCGUAAGCCUCUGGCAGCCAAGAACAAAUAAGUCUCUGGCUUCUGCCUCUGUUUUUAUGUCUUUUACAUUGCUUUUGCAUGUGCCUGUAAUAUUCCUAUGCAUCUCCCGUUACUCAUAAGAAAGCAGACAGUAGCAGUAAAAGCAAUUUUCUAUGUAUACUGCUUUAGAAGAUACUGCUGAACACAAAAUUAAAUAUUCCUCUAAUCAUGGUCACAUUUAUGUAGCCAUUUAAUAUAUCACUGUCAAACGCAUUUUAGCUUUUCUAUUUAUAUGUAUAUUAAUGUCCUCUCUUCACAUGUAUCACGUCCUGUUAAUAUCAGGGGGUUUGCACCUAUAUUAUACAAUAUUGAAUUUCAUAUAAUAUUCCAAGUGAUUUUAAUAAAGGUCUUUCUUUG